UUCUGCUGCUAUAUCGACCGUAGGUAGCGCCGCGCGCCUGAGUGUUGUAUCUUGAUACGUGACCGUCAUGUCUCGGUUUGUGCGAGCUUCAAAAUAUCGCCAUGUUUUCGGCCAGCAGAGCAAAAAGGAGCAUGGCUUGGACAACUUGAAGGUGUCGAACAGUGCUUGGGAUACGAAUCUCAUCGCUGCGUCGGGCAAAUACAUCAGUGUCAACUGGAACGCGUCGGGAGGAGGAGCAUUUGCCAUUCUGCCCGCACCGUCCCCCUUCGGAGUCACCAGCACAAUUCCCUUCAAACUCCCAGACAUCAUUCCUCUGGCUCGUAGCCACACCGCUGCCGUUCUCGAUACCGACUGGUCUCCGCACAGCGACGAUACCGUUGCAUCUGCCGGCGAAGAUGGCAAGGUCAUGAUUUGGAAGGUCGAAGCAUCCCAGUUCGAAGAUUGGGGCACUGAGGGCUGGCAACCGCGCGACUUCGACCCCGUCCUCCGUAUCGACGCAUCCCCUCGUAAGAUCGGUCAGGUCCUUUGGCAUCCAACCGCGCAACAUGUUCUCGCCAGUGCUGCAGGCGACCAUACUGUCAAGCUCUGGGAUCUGGGCUCACCCGAAUCACCGAAGUCGGUUCUUGGCGGACACGGAGAUGCGAUCCAGAGUCUCGCAUUCAAUCCAACUGGCCAGGUUGUAGUGACGACGUGCAGGGAUCGUAAGUUGAGGAUAUUCGAUGCGAGGGCGGGAGGAGACGCGGUCAGAGUCGCGGAUGGACAUGGCGGGAUCAAAGGCGCGCGGGUGGUGUGGAUGGGUGACAAGGAUCGGAUCGCGACGACCGGGUUCAGCAGGAUGAGUGACCGGCAGGUUAGUAUUUGGGAGACGGGCGGUUUGGGCAACGUCAAGACGAUCACGCUCGAUCAGUCCUCUGGUGUCGUCAUGCCCUUCUGGAGCGACAACAAUAUCUUGUUUUUGGCUGGAAAGGGAGAUGGUAACAUCCGCUACUAUGAAUACGAGAACGACAACCUCUACGCCCUCGACGAGCACAAGUCGAGCGAUCCCCAGCGUGGCAUGUGCUUCCUUCCCCGCCGCGCCCUCUCCACCCCCGACUGCGAGAUAGCCAGAGCCUACAAGAUCUCAGGCUCAUCCAUCGAAGCCAUCGCUUUCGUCGUGCCCCGAAAGUCCGACUCCUUCCAAUCCGAUAUCUUCCCUCCCGCUCCCUCCGCCGAACCCUCCCUCACCGCCGGCGAAUUCUUCUCCGGCAAGCCUCCCUCUGUCAAGCUCGUCAGCCUCGAAAGCGGAGUCACGACCUCCGUCCCUGGUACGCCCAUGACCGCCCCGACACCGAAGCAGACCGCGCCGCCACCGAAAGCAGAACCUGUGCCCACGCCUGCGUCUCCACCAUCUGCACCGGUUGUCAAGCCUGAGCCAGUCGAGCCUGCCACCCCAGUGUCUGCCGUCGUGUCCUCGCCCGUGGAGGCCAAGGCUCCUUCGCGCUCUUCGACUUUCGGUGCUGACGCCGGCGCCGCUUUACAGGAAGAAAACUCGAAGCUCAAUGCGGACCUGCGGGAGGCGCGGGAAAAGAUCAGGAAUUUGGAGUUGCAGGUGGAGAGUAUGAAGGCGAAUGCGCGUAAGGCUGCCGAGGCGUUGAUGAACCAGUAGAUUCGUGCGGGACGGGACGCUAGGAAGGGGAAAGAAGUUAGGGAUGAGGAUGGUCGAUCGGUUUGUCGUCUUUUUUUUGUGUAGGAACGCGGAAAUUUUGGACAUUUGCUUUCGUUUUCGACAACGCUGCCUUACGAAUGGGGUUUGGUGGAAUGUCUCGCCACCGCCACGCUAUUGC